CAUAGAAGACUAAAAGCAAAUUUUUUAUCCCGACUGAUUAAGUUCUUUCAAGUUAUAGCUCAUAUCUGACAUGUUUAAUCAACAUAGCUUAAGCAAUCCAAACGCUACUUAAGAUGGUUAUAUUCACCAGCCCUCUUCCCACAUGAUAUUUGAUACCAGGGUUAAAACAGUUUCACUUUAGAUAUUACUCAUAACACCACACCAGACAUGCAGUUUUGGUGAUUUUAAACUAAACUCGUGGUAUGUUCUUAAUCACCUCAUUGUGAAAAAUGCCACAGAACAUGUAUGUUGAUUUAUUUGAUCUAACUAUUGCAAAAAAAUCUUGAUUGCUUGGGCAACUCAGUUACUGCAAUUAACUGUUAUUUUCUUGACGAAUUUUGUGGGUAAUAAUAACUUAAUCAAAGCUUCCCGACUUAUAAUCAGCAGACAAAAAAGUAUAGAAAACGAGACUUGUUAAUAAUUACAUUUGCUUAUUUAACACUUGAAAAGAAAAAAUUUAUUUCUGGUUCUUACUUGUCCUUGACGUUCUGUUGUGGCUUUGGCGAGCAAAACUUAGGCUUGCCCAUAACGUUUUUCUUUUAUCAAAAGGGUAAUGAUCGCAGCCUAGUGUAGUGAGGUCGGAGACUGGUUUGGAGAGUUGCUUGAGAGUUGUAGCCAGAAGACAAGGAGGUAUUUAUUUUUACAGCCUUGUAAUAUUGUUUUUUUAAUUUGAAGGAUAACGCGUCACAUUAUGUGUUUAUAAGUUUUGAUGUUAUUUUAUUUGGGAGAUAUUUCUAACACGAGUGUGCUUAGUAUUAAUAACAUACUUAAAUUUCAAUGUGAAGUAUUGUUAAAUUGUAUUCCACUAACAGGUACAAGGUGAUAAACUGAACCCAGUAGAGGUAAUGCAAGGUUAUGUUUUGAUUUAUCGUGCUGGGCAUCAUAGUAAUGCUAAAAUGAAGAUAUGUGUUUAUUUUGUGAUUUAAAUCAAUUUGGUCAAACCUGUUUUAUUUUUGUUUAAAUCGCUAUAAUUAUCUUCUAGAUCAUUUACUUUCAAGAAACAUUUAAAUUGGAGGCAUUGCAGACAACGAUAUGUCCAGUGUUACCACACUCGGUAUUCUUUCUUCCUGGUUGACAAUGAAGAAUGUGAAAUUAUUGUUUUUAGGGAUUAUGCUUAUUACUUGUAAAUGUCAAAGACCCUUCGAUAAACUAAAAUCCUCUGAAACACAACUUUUGGGGAAAAGAGCAAACUUCAAGUAUAAUAAGACCGAAAAAUGCAUUCUGAGAGCAUUCGAGCAGCAACUUCUAUCGAUAGAUUGUGAACCAGUGCUGAUUACAAAUAAAUUCUGUUUUGGAUCAUGUAAUUCCAUAUAUAUACCGCAAAUGAAACAAAAUUUCAAAAAUUGUAAAGCCUGUGUGCCGAUCAAAUCGAAACAAAAAACAAUAAAGCUUCGUUGCAAAAUAAAUGGAAAGAUGUCUGAUGUUUUACGAAAUGUUUCCAUCAUACGCCGCUGUGCGUGCCAAGAGAUUGAAUGUACGAGAUGGUAAACAUAAUUUUGUUAUAUGAUUCUUGAAAUAAAGGUUUUCCAGCCAUUAUCGAACAUAUGAUGCUCAUUAUAGUAUUCAACUCAUGCACACAU